AUGGAGGAUCAUGUUGCGCGUGGAGGCAGAUCUACCAAGGAAGUCGCCUACGAAGCAGCCUAUGAAGCCGCAGCAACCAAGGACAAGCCAAUGAAGCGAAUGGCGAAGGAGAUGACGAAGAAGCUUACCAAGCUAACGAAGGAGAUGGCUAAGCAGCUUACCGAGCAGCCCACGGAGGAGAUGACGGAUCAGCCUACAGGGGAGCCUGCGAAGCAGAUGACGAACGAAGGAGCCAUCGAAGUCGCCUACAAAGAAGCCUAUGAAGGCGCAGCAACCAAGGACGAGCCAACGGCGAAGGAGAUGACGAAGCAGCUUACUAGCAGCCGACGAAGGAGAUGA